GAGGGAAAUAGAUCGGACAAUCGGAGCCCAAACCCAAACCAGCGCGCUAAAAAUGUUAAUUUGAAUUUGCAAUAGAGCUUGGUAUUCUGCACAUACAGAGGCCUUAGAGAUGGAAGAAAAAGGAGAAGGGGAAACAGAUUUCACGGUCAUUGAAACAGCCUCAGAUACUCUCGAUAGCUCUAUCAAAUUUCAUCUUGUUACUGAUAUCUUAGGUUUCGUCCUCUUUAUGCACCAGCAAAUCCCUUCCUUACUGCAGGAUCUCACUCUUGAAUUUGAUGAAUUGAACACUGAAUUUGCGGAAUUGGAGACAGCUAUUGUACAAGCGGAAACAUGUUCUUUACGUAGAAAUCAUGCUUCCAGGAAGAGGGAGGUGAGGAUGGGAAUAAGGAGACUGGAGAAGUUAAUGAACACUAUAUCCAGUUUCAGGACUGCUCUUCAAUUAAUGAUCACAGAAUUUCCUGCCAUUCAAAGGGUUAUUCUGAUUCUUGGGUCCAGUCCUCUGCGCCCUCUUAAUGUGUAUGAACUCAACUUUUCGUGUGAAACGGCAGCUUCUGGAGGAGAAUUUACUAGGAAUCGAGUUGCGGAAACUCUUUCAAAGAAGGCCAUCCGUGUCUUAGUUUCAAAGGGUGCAGGAUCUAGCUCCUCUGCUGGUCCUACCAAGUUGUUCCUCUUCGUUGAAGCUCCUUCGUCAAUUAACUUGCAUCUGCAUUUUCUUCCAAAGAGGGAUUUUAGGUACAGCAAAAAGAUAGUGCCUUUCAAAGUGCGGUUCAGUUGUCGAACCAAAAAUCUUGAAAGAGAAGCGUGUGCUGAUGAUACUCACCCUACUAAAGCAAUCACAUCACAUAGUUCUAACGUCGAUGAUGUUAUCUGGUUUCAGUGCCGGCAUAUUAUCAAAGGCUUGGCUUCCAGGGCAUCCCCAACUGAAGAGUGAGAGGUUAGCUUCAUCGUGCAUGUAGUCUUAACUUGUAGUAGCAUAAUGUUGAUGUUGACAUUGACAUAUACCUUUUCCUUAAUUUCCUUUCCUAAAUUCGAGUGUACUGAUAUUGGUCUAUGUUUACGAGUGAAUCUAAACUAGUACGAGUGGUUGUUUCUGGUGUCACACCUUCAUUUAUUGAGUUGGUGGGCUCUUCAUCAGAAUUGUUAAGUUCUUAAGAUCUAUAAGUAGUAUUCAAAUAGAAUAGGACUUAAUCGU